AUGACCGAGGAAGACGAAACUAUCGAUGAAACCAUUGAAGAAGGCAACCAAUACGAAAUCCAGGAAACAGUUUAUCAAGGUGCUGAGGCCAAAGUGAUAAAAUGCUUGUGGCUGGGUAAACUGUGUAUUAUCAAAGAGAGGUUGGUUGCAUAUUACUAGUUAUUCAAAAUCUAUGAAAUUUACAGACUGUCAAAAGGAUAUCGACAUCCGACAUUGGACAGUCGUCUCAAUAAAGCUCGUACUAAACAGGAGAUUCGUGGAAUGUACAAAGCCAGAGAGGUAACUUUUGAAUUGGUGAUAUUUUUUAUUUCAAUUCGAACUCUUAGUUAGGCAUCGAAACACCGGCAAUCUAUUUCAUCGACAGUGAAAAAAAUCUUCUAGUUAUGGAAUGUAUCAAUGGACCGACUGCCAAGCACUGGAUCUCUCAGCAAUCUGAGAAGUUGUCUUCCGAUGAAUAUGAUAAUGUACUGGAGCAAUUCGGGUUCGUUUUGGGACUGAGUCUCGGAAAGCUGCACCACGGCGGAUUGAUUCACGGCGAUCUGACCACUUCUAACAUUAUUCUCAAGCAAGGGGAUCCCUCCCGUCCGGCACUCAUUGACUUUGGACUUUCUUCCCAGGGAAAGGUACAUGAAUUUUAAAAAUGUAUCAAUCAACGUUUACAUUUAUUGUAUUUCAGGUUACUGCCGAAGAGAAGGGCGUAGAUUUGUACGUUUUCGAGAAAGCAGUUGUCAGCACGCACGAGAAAAGCAGCGCUUUGUUGACAGGAUUAAUGGAAGGUUACAAAAAAGCAGAUCAGAAACAGUUCGAUGCAAUCGAGAAGAGGCUCAAUGAUAUCCGACUUCGCGGCCGAAAGCGUGACAUGAUCGGAUAAUUUCGUGUUUUGUUUUAUUUAUCAUUUUCCCGUUGUUGCUCUACAUGUUGAUAAUGAACUGUUGAUAAUUUUACAUUGAUGUAUUAUUCUGUCUUCAAAUAGCUGCAGUUAUAUUCUGCUUUGAUUAUCUUCAAAUUUCGCAACAUGUUUUCACAUUUUAUAAAACGUGAAGACAUUUUGAGAAACUACAUGAAGGAGGGGGGGGGCUAGAGUUUUGAUGUCAACAUGAUAAAUGCUUAAAAAGAUGCGAGAAAUCGAAUGGCUUUGAGUUUGAGUCGAUUAGAUUUUUUUGAAAUUUUUUAGCGUUCGGGAGUACGGUACUACAGUAAUCCUGGAAAGGGGGGCGAAGCCAGAUGACAUUAAUUUCAUAUAUCUCAGAACAGCCCAGGUACUCACUGUGCCUAAUAUCAAUCAAAUCGGAGCGCGAUGAGUUUUUCGUGCCAGGCCUAUCUCGGGUCUCUCAGAAAUCGCCUCUUAUAAUGCAUCAUUUUUUAGAGAAAUGCUAUCUGUAAAGCGCAGUUCCGGACAGAACGCUGAAGUUGUUGUGCCAUCGAAGAAAGCGGGUCAAAUGGUUGCUCCUACACCACCGACUUUGGUGAAUGGAAAGCUUUAUUUUACUCCGGUAAGAAACCUUCAUUUAGGUCAAAAGUUCAAACUGAAAAAGCAUUUUUUAGAUUGGUGGCAUAACGGUCCCACGGCAAGAGUCUGAAGGCGCUAUUUCACUCGGCGAAUUGUUAGCCAUUAUUAAGCCAGUCGCAUCUCUUCAUCUGACAUUCCUUUUAGAAUGGUCAUUUGUAUAUUCGUAAGUUUUUUUGCUCGUGUCAAGUCAUUUCACCAACUGUUUGCAGCUCUUACCCUGAUUCGUGUAAAAAUAAUCCAAUGACAAUAGUGGUCGGAGAGAAGGAUGCAGCGUCAGAUAGCGUGCAAGAAAUUUCUCAAUUACAUAGAAACAUCAAAAUAGUCGGUGCUCCUCUACCGUUUCCUUAUGGCACGCAUCACACGAAAAUGUCAAUGUAUGAAAGUGAAGACGGACGUGUGCAUGUGAUAGUUUCCACGGCAAAUUUGCAAUCCGAGGAUUGGGAAUUCAAAACCCAACAAUUAUAUUAUGCAUUCGGUUAUAAACGGGCUUCAGAAGAAGAGACCAAAAGGUACCGUGCCACCUUGUUGAUUUUGCAAUGUUUUCUAGUUUUCAGGUCACCAUUUCAAUCAGAUCUUAUAGAAUACUUUGGACAAUAUCGCUUUUUGCUCGAGGAAUGGAGGAAUCUAGUAAGACAAACCGACUUUACGGCCGUGGAAGACAGAUUAAUAUUCUCGACGCCUGGCGUUCACAAAGGAGUUGCAGCUCAGAGAUUAGGCCAUCCGAGGCUGCGGAUUAUCCUUUCGGAAAUGAUUCCUCAUGCUCCGACGCCACCCACAGAAUCACGUGAGAGAUGCUCAUACAUCUCGCAGUGCAGCUCAAUUGGAUCCUUGGGACCGUCACCGAACUCUUGGUUUAGGGGUGAAUUCCUGGAAAGUUUGGAAGGAGCGAACCCGUCUCCGAAACAAGCUCCAGCAAAAAUGUACUUGAUUUUUCCGGCCGCUGACGACGUUCGACGGUCUUGUCAAGGAUACCUUAGCGGAUGCUCUUUAUCGUAUCGCAGCAGGCUGCAUAGUUAGCUUACACAAAUGCGAACGAGCUGAUGAUUGUUUUCAGGAGCUCAAGGUUGGCUGCAAAGCAGCAUGUGCAAGUGGCGAUCGCACGCAAAACGAAGGACGCUGGCCGUUCCACAUUGUAAAACUUACGCCAAAUACGAAAAAACCAUUCCAAAAUGGCAAAUGGUGACCAGUGCGAAUUUGUCCAAAGCCGCUUGGGGCGAACUCAAAGUAAAUCAGAUUAAAACUAAAUUUAUAUUGUUACGUUAAUCUUUCUAGAACAACGGAGAUUCUCUGUUCAUCCGCUCGUACGAGAUGGGAGUGCUGAUCACAGAUCCGAGUCGGUUCAAUUUCGCCUUCGAUUACCCUCUCGUGCCGUAUUCGGCUCAGGACGAGCCAUUCACAACAGACAAGCACCACACUAUACGCGACAUUUUCGGAAAUCAGUGGCAGCCACAAAAUCGCAAUGAAUUCUGA